AUGGACCAAAAGCCUUUCGCAGUUUUCCCAAUAUCCCUCCUCAACACUAUACGCCUCAUUGGGUCUCUCUCCUGGCUGCAACUGCUCUACGCCGUCUCUUUCCUUGCACGACCAUUCUGGAACACACGGCGCGAGUUUCCACCCUUUAACAGAGUCAUUAGCCACACAGAAACAAGAAUCAUCAACACCUUUCUCGGCACUGCCCCACUCUCAGCCUAUAGUUCCACAACAGCAGAGCGCCAGUGGUACCUCUCAUCGGGCAAUGACACUCUGAACCACGCAAAAACCACCCGCACUACCUCCCAACCCAUUCCUCACUCGCUAGCCACAUCAACCUGGCCACAACAGGGACACCAAGACUCGGAGUCCUCAUCGUCAGAGCAAGAUACUCCCACCUCACAGCCAGACACCGAAAACUCCCGAGCAAACUCCCCCAUUUACCAAACCGUGCGCAAACUUCGAUCCAGCACACGAGGCAGCAUCUCAAAGAUCGCCAGCUCGGCAAAAUCCAUUUUCCGACAGCCGCUAACCGUUCUCCCACGGAAUUUGGAUGGCUCAGCUCUAGAUGAGGAACGCGCCGAGCCAGACCUGGUUCCAGUUCCCGUGCGCACUUCGCAGCCUCAUUUCGUCCAGAACACGACUUUCUCCGUACCCAUGUCUGCGUCUGCACGUGUCGCAGAUCACUUCAGUGACCCUGGUCCAUCGAUUGGAAUCAAGGUGCAGCAGCCGGUCUCGUUCGGGGCUACUAUUGAUGCGGUCGUUAAUUCGGAAACGGUGCAGAUGAAUCGCACACGCAAGUAUCACUCGAUUGAGAGUUAUCCUGGGAAGUUUCCUGUUAGUGAUGCGAUGAAUUAUAGCUCCCUUGCUACCGCAUAUGCUGUUAGAGGGAGGGGGACUACCUCUGUUCGACCUUUCUCGGACUACUAG